AUGCUCCGCCGCGAAGCGCGCCAGCGGCGCGAGUACCUGUACCGCAAGUCGCUGGAAGGGAAGCGUGCGGCGGACUACGCGAAGCGCCUGGCGAUCCGGACGGCGCUGGCGGAGGGGCGGCCCAUCCCGACGGAGCUGAAGCGCGCGCAGCCGCGUCUGUCGGCGGCGGACGCCUACGCGGACGCGCUGCACGACGCCCCGACGUCGCACGUCGACGACGAGUACGCGACGGCCGCGCGCGCCCCGCCGCGCGUCGUCGUCACCACCUCGCGCGCCCCGUCGGCCCGCCUCUCGCAGUUUGCAAAAGAGAUCCGCCUCGUCUUCCCCGACGCCCAGAGGCUCAAUCGCGGCAGCUUGGUCAUCACAGAGCUGGUCGCGGCCGCCAGGGCGAACGGCAUGACGGAUGUCGUCGUGCUGCAUGAGAACAGAGGACAGCCCGAUGGGCUCAUCGUGUCGCACUUGCCGUAUGGACCCACCGCGUAUUUUAGCUUGAGGAACGUCGUUAUGAGGCAUGAUAUUGAACCGGAGCAUUUGUCUACCAUGUCGGAGGCAGCGCCGCAUCUCAUUUUUCACGGUUUUGAUUCGAGGUUGGGGGCGAGGGUGGCGGAUGUGCUCAAGUAUUUGUUUCCCGUGCCCAAGCCGGAUUCGAAGAGGAUCAUGUCGUUUUGUAACUUCCAAGACGAGAUUUCGUUUCGCCACCAUACCUAUAUGAGGGAGGGGCAUCAGAAGGAGCAGAUCGACCUCAAGGAGGUCGGGCCUCGAUUUGAAAUGCAGUUGUAUCAGCUCAGGUUGGGAACUCUUGAUCAAGACCAAGCCGAUGACGAGUGGGUCCUCAGACCGCAUAUGAACACUGCCAAGCGAAGGAAAGCUCUUGGAUAA